AUGCGAAUUACCGGCCGUCGAGGAGUCAGCCCGGCGAUGGCAGGAGUGGAGAACACUGGGGAGGCUGGAGCCACAGGUGGACAGGAGGGGCCUGAGGCAUCUGAUGGAGCCUAUGAAUGCAACAUAUGCCUGGACCAGGCUCGGGAUGCUGUGGUCAGCAUGUGCGGUCACCUAUUCUGCUGGCCAUGUUUGCACACGUGGCUGGAGACACGCCGCAACAACCAAGUGUGUCCCGUCUGCAAGGCGGCCAUCAGCCGUGACAAGGUGAUCCCUCUGUACGGUCGCAACAGCUCCAACAAGGAUCCGCGCAACCAGCUGCCUCCGCGACCGCCUGGUCAGCGCACAGAGCCUGAAAAUCAGGGUACCACAUUUGGUGGAGUGAACUUUGGUGACACAAACUUCCACAUGUCGUUCGGAAUUGGCGCAUUCCCUCUGGGUUUCUUCGCAUCCACACUGAACUUCGGUGGUGAACGGCUUAAUCCUCAUGCCGGUUUGCAGCCUGGACAGCAGUUUCACGCCGACGAUCAGAUGCUCUCCAAGCUAUUCCUCGGACUGGGCAUCUUCUGUGUGAUCUGGAUCCUGCUCGCAUAGUAUGUUCCGACUGUACACGCUUACGCAUACGAUCACGGCACAUAUCGGUAGGGCCGUCUCCGUCUGAGUCGUCACAGGUGACCCUGCAGCAGAGAGCAGGGCACGGGGCCGAAAACAGACCCACUUGCUUCACUCGUACCUAUUACACCCGCACCGCAUUUCAAGCGACAGUGACGAUAUAUGAUGGACCGUAAUGUCCAUGACACGAUGCACACAUUUCGAAAUGCAAGUUAGCUGCUGAUUUCGAUUCAAAUGCAAUAUUAUGGAAUAUUAGUUUGAUUUUCUAGCGUGAUAUAUUGCAUGAUUAGCUGACCACGUUAAUAAACUUUGCAUGUAACUGUUAAGGUGGCGCAUGCAAUAAAUUUGCAUCACUCGCUUAGUACCGUGCUGCUACCGUACCAAUGCUGCGAAUUUUUUUUUAUUCCUAGAUCGUAUGAGUAUCUCACCAGAUUUGGUCGUGCUUGCUCUCCGGGAUUUCAUGGUCACGUAUUUUAUUGUCUUUUUUCUCAAUAACUGAUAUUGGGCUUUUCUGCUCACCCAGACCCAGCAGUGAUAACAGUACCGCGGAACUAUUUGCAGAAGCGGGUAGGUAAUAUAUGAGUAUCUUAUGACACGUUACGUCAUAAGAGACAAGGUGCGCCGUAUCAGGCACACGCUUAUGACGAUCGUAGUGUCGUGUCGUAAAAGGAUCAAUAUACACAGACAAGUA